CUCGGGCUCUGGUCGAUCGUUUCGAUACCUGCGAAUCGAUCUUAAUCGUGCCAGCCUAGUGUCUUAAUAGUCCCGAAAACUCUCUUCGUUAUUUCUUAUGGUCUGAAGAAAACGAUAGAAUGGAGGUACAUAAUAACAACAAAGACACGAAGCAGUGGCCGCAGUAUCUCGCAGCUAUAACUGCCACAAUAUCCCUCGCGAUAACUGGCUCCCACAUCGGCUGGACAUCGCCAAGCCUCCCGUACCUAAAAUCCAACGCCUCAUCAAUUCCCCUGAGCUCGGACGACGCCUCCUGGAUCGCCUCCUUCUACCUCCUGGGCACAAUCCCAGGGAGUUUGAUCGCAGCCUUAAUCGUAGAUCGAUACGGUCGUAAGACUAGUCUCCUGGUGUCCGGCUUACCCCUGUUGGCUGGCUGGAUCUUGAUAAUAGUCGCGUGGAACCCCUACAUCCUCUACGCCUCUCGCUUCAUCAGCGGCGUCGGCCAGGGUGUGGUCUACGUCGUUUGCCCGAUGUACAUCGGUGAAAUAGCGGACAAGAACAUCCGCGGCACUCUGGGUUCCUUCAUCAAGCUGAUGGUGACAUUCGGUGAACUUUACGCCCACGCAAUCGGUCCAUUUGUCCCCUACGAGUACCUCGCCUACUCCUGCGCCGUUAUUCCCCUCCUCUUCUUCGUGACCUUUGCCUUCAUGCCGGAGUCCCCGUAUUACCUCAUGAUGAAGAACGACCGGGCGGGGGCUGCCAGGAAUCUCCAACAGCUGAAGCAGUACAGCGAUCCACCAGAGAGCAACGAAGCCCUCGAGGAGAAUCUCGAUCAGAUCGCGAAGACAGUCAUCAACGACAUGACGAACAGGGGACACUUCUGGGACCUCUUCGACACCAGGGGCAAUCGAAAGGCCGUCAUCGUCAGCUUUGGACUACAAGUUGUCCUCCAGUUCUCUGGACUAGCUGCCAUAGAAUCCUACACUCAGGAGAUCAUCGGCGAGAGCAAUUCGGGCCUGUCACCGGGAAUUGCUGUCAUCAUUCUGAGUGUCGUUCAACUAAUCGCCGGCAUCGGAGCUGCUAUUCUCGUUGACAGACUUGGCAGGAGACCUCUUUUACUCAUCACCACGUUCUUCUCUGGAGUUUCCUUGACAAUUGCUGGCAUCUUCUACUUUAUCAAGUUCUUCUUGAAGAUGGAGAAGGAGUUGAGAGACGUUGGAUGGGUUCUGGAUGUAUCAGUCAUAUGCUACGAGCUGAGUGUGGCUUUGGGGUUGAGCCCAUUGUCGUACAUGAUGCUUGGGGAAUUGUUUCCCACUAAUGUCAAAGGCAUUGCUGUAUCGCUGGCGUCACUCUGGGCCUCUUUGCUGGCGUUCAUUGUCUCGAAGAUGCAUCAGGUGAUCACUGAUCAUUGGGGGAUUUACACUUCUCUCGGGGGAUUUGGCGCUUCUUGCUUUGUCGGGAUUAUUUUUAUAUUCUUCUGGGUACCGGAGACCAAGGGCAAGUCGUUGUUUGAGAUUCAGGAGGAGCUCAAUUGCUCCAAGGCUGAGAGGAGCAGGAGGAGGGAGAAGGCCACCACUGUUGAGGAGGGGGUCUUCAGUGAAAUCCAUGUCAGCAGUGUUUUCUGAGGGCUUUGGAUUGAUUUUUAAUUUAUCACGGGGGACAAAGUUUUGUAGAAAUACCAGCGAAUUCGUUGGGAAAUUCUAGUGGAUUUUUAAGGAACUUCUUAUUUGAUUUUGGCCGAUUCUUUUGGAAUAUUCAGUAGAAAAUAUUCAAUAGAAUAGGCUGAAGGCAAUUGCCAUUUGUAAGAAUGUAUAUUUCUUGCGAUAGAUAACGUCAAAAGUUAAGUUAUUCAACCGAAAAAGUCGACAUAGCAAAAACGAAUGCCUGAAUUUCGCACACCUUUUGUAGACAUUUUUCAGACAUUAACAAAUGUCUGAAUGAAAUGAAAAUUUGUCUGAAUUUCAGACGAACAGGUCUAACCAUCCUAAUUCAUGGUUGAAAUUCAGACAAAUUUUCAUUUUAUUCAGACGUUUUUUAGUGUCUGAAAAAUGUCUACAAAAGGUAUGCGAAAAUCAGACAUUCGUUUUUGCUGCGAAUAGAAUCUGAUUUUUCUAUGUAGCUUAUUCUCUUCAGAUGUUUUCUAUUGAAUUUCCUUGGCUCAAAUUUC